UUUUAAUCGGACGAGCAGUGAAAAAAAUUAUUAUGAGCAAUGUUUAAGUGCCUGUUUAAGUUUUUGUCAUUUACCUUGGCUGUUUGGAUAGUAUCGUUACUAGCUAUUAUAAGAGAGUACAGGGCACAUAACAGAGUAGUGUUCAGUGUUAAGAAUGAUUUAUAUGAACAAGCAUUGGAAAAAUUUCGAAGGAAAGAACCGAUGAAUAGAACUUCAGAGUUUCAAACAUGGCAAUUACUUCCCGUCCAAAGCACUGGAUUAUCAAAUGGGGAGAUGAGGAGUAUUAUAAAAGGCUAUAAAUACCCACCAGGUGCUAAUGGUAGACCAGUAAUCCUAAAUGAUCAUUUAAGGUAUUAUAUUCGACAAGAAAUUUAUAAGGGUUGGAGAGACCAAGGUUUUAAUAGUUUUGUUAGCGAUUUGAUCCCAACCAACCGGACCUUAGCAGAUCCUAGAGGAGAUUGGUGCAAGAAGCAAAACUUUUCGUCAGACUUACCUAAAGCUACGGUUAUAAUCUGCUUCUACAAUGAAGCAUGGUCCACAUUGAUGAGAACAAUAUCAUCAGUAAUGAACAGGAGUCCAUCACAUUUGUUAGAAGAAGUUAUAUUAAUUGACGAUUUUUCAAAUAUGGACCACCUCAAAAAGAAAUUAGAGGACUAUGUACGGAAAACACCAAAAAUAAAAUUAAUUCGUACAACUAAACGUGAAGGGCUUAUUAGAGCAAGAUUGUUACCAAUAAAGGAUGUGAAGACACCUGUUAUUAUUUAUCUUGAUAGUCAUUGUGAAUGUGCUGACGGAUGGCUGGAACCUCUGCUAGAAUGUAUCAAAGAAAACCCAACUCGAGUAGUAAGUCCAGUAGUCGACCAUAUUCAUGAUACAACUUUCGAAUACAUUGCACAAACAAUUGACGACCUUCGAAUCGGUGGAUUUAAAUGGGAUCUCAAAUUCGACUGGAUUGGUGUACCAAGAUCAGUAAUCGAAAAACGAAGUAACAUCUAUGCUCCUAUAGCCACUCCAACUAUUUCUGGUGGCCUCUUUGCUAUACACAAAGACUUUUUCAAAAAACUCGGCUACUAUGACGAAGGACUUGAAAUAUGGGGAGCAGAAAAUUUGGAACUGUCUUUCAAGACUUGGAUGUGUGGUGGUUCUUUAGAAAUAGUGCCCUGCUCCCACGUCGGCCAUGUUUUCAAAAAGAACAUAUCGUCUGCGUUUCCUGCGCAGGAAACUAUAAGAAGAAACCUCGUGCGGUUGGCGAAGGUCUGGCUUGAUGAAUACGCGAAAUAUUUUUAUGAACGAAUCGGUAAUAAUUUAGGAGACUAUGGCAAUGUGUCUUCACGGAUAGCACUUCGCAAGGAAAUGAAUUGUAAAUCGUUUAAAUGGUAUCUAGAUAAUAUUUAUCCACAAUUGGAAGUGCCUGAUAAAAAUAUUGCUAGUGGUGAAAUUCUUAGUAUUGGCAGCCCUGGUAUAUGCUUAGAUGCUUACAUAAUAUCCAGGGAUCGUUAUGGUGACACUGUUAAACUAUUGCCAUGUCAUUUUCAAGGCGGUAAUCAGUUCUGGAUGUACAGUUUACAAGGUGAAAUAAAACACGACUAUCUAUGCCUGGACUAUUUAUUUAAUACAAUCACAUUAUUUUUCUGUCGCGACUCUGCUUCACAAGUUUGGUUGUACAAUGACAAAACCCAGACUAUAAGACACAAGCAGACUAAAAAAUGCUUGAAUGUCGGAAAAUUCCCAGAAGGCUUGAAGGUAGUGUUAUCGCAAUGCUCGCAUUCAUCAUCACAGAAAUGGGUCAUGGAACAUUUUAAUCCUGAAAAACUUACUCCAGUAAUGCGGAACGAAAUAACCCAAUGGUACAAUAUGACGAUAUUGUAA